AAGCCGCUGAAAAUACUACUUGCGUAUUUUGAACGCCGGCACAGCAUCUGGCACGAGGAUACUAUCUGGGUUAAUAAUAGAAGAUAACUUGAGUGACGCGACCUGACAAAAAAAUAUUCUGGACUAUUUAUAAAAGAGAAUGAAACUGGAAAGCAAGCCAUUUGGAAUUGGCUUCCUUUGGCAGUUUAACAUUAUUAUGAUGCCGCGGCGUUGGAUCAUGUUGGAUCACGUGACGGAGCCUGGAAUUUGACACCGGGAGGUUUUAAAAUGAGGACCAGGUCUGCCUUUGAAGUUGGAGCCGACUCAAAAAUCCGCGGGUAUCUGGGAGUAGAAAACAGUUUCCAUGGCAAGUUUCCGCGUCUAGCUCUCUGACAGCCUCUGUACCACCGAGAAACACAUCCUUCAGAAUCUUGUCAGAAAUACUAUGUCGGAAUAAAUACAGUACGUCAAAAGGGCCGUGGGUUCCUCUCAGCUAGAUGUUUUGAAAUACAGCGUCAGUGUAGCUCGUGAUUGUAACAGCAUUUUGGAAUUCUGUUAGCGAGAAGGAAUUACCACAUCUUGGAAGAGUUGUCCUUACACGUGAUUGUUUUGUCGCACUUUUGACUUAAAAAAAAUACAUUUACAUAAUUUUUAAAUCAGACAAAUUCAGAGCAGGUAAGCAUUAAUGGAUAAAUGGCCCGAACGGUGCCUAUAACAACUUUUAAAAAUCGGGUUUUGGAGUUUUUCCACUCGGUGUCAGGUCAUCAUCUCUACAUAGGCGUAGAAAUAUAAGGAAUAUAAAAACGAUAAUUCAUUACAAACAGCUGAGCUUCUGAGGAAAAAAAGAGCUUGGCACAACCAAUAGUGGAAAUCCAUAGUUGCGCGUAGUCAACUGGUCGACAGCCGACCAGCGUCGUUUCUUGCACCCUCUGGGCAUAAAGAAGUGAAACGUAAUCACACAUGCAACCGCCUGUCUGUGCUCUAAUGGCAAGUAAAGUUUAUUUGUCUGAUUGAUAGCUCUUGACGACCUAGCUGUGUACUCAGUAGCUGCAAAUUAAUUUUUUAUGUCUGUAUGGAAGUAUCAGUUAAUUUUUUGGAAAUACAUGAAUUUCCUAUCAUGUUUUGUCAUCAUAAAUAGUAACUUUGUGUGUGUUUACUUUUAAUAUAUCCACGUUCCGUAGUCGGUCGAUAUUUCUUUCGUAGCCUAGAUUAUCUUUCUACUUGUUAUUUUGCACCGUAGAAUUUGGAGCGAUCAGAAUUUGUUUGACCAUCACCGCAAAACAUUUCAUUAUGUUAUUGGGAGUCGUGUUUCUCUGUAAUAAAAUGCUUGAAACAUCUUGAUGCGUUCACGGAGUAGUAGCCUAUUCAUUUUAAGACUUCGCAAAAAGGCACGUCUAUAUCCCGCACAUUUUUUUGUUGUUCACUGAUAGUUUUUUUCUUUUUCGAGACUGAUGAAUAUGCGGCCAAUAUUUGUUUCACACAGGAUAAUUAAUAUAAGGAAAUCGGAAGAAUUUUUCGGAAAGAGAGAAGUUUGGUCAGAGGGAGGCGCCUUUCGAGCUGUCCUGAACCCAAAGCCUUUCAAGACUUUUGACCCAAAAGAAGAGAACACAUCCUGAAACUUGGAAACUAGUGAAUUAUGCUCCUUUAAGGAGCUCUGUUGUGGAUUUUACGCUGCCAAGACAUGCCCAGCUGCCGAAGAGGAGCAAGAACGGAAGGGGCUACUAACCUUUCAGGAGCAUUUUGGUAUCGGACCGGAGGGCAUGGAACAAACGAUGGGAAGAGGUGGAACGGAGAGGGCAAGACGGAGGAGACAGCCAGCAUGUCAUCGGCAGGUGCAUUCUUUCACCUGGCUAACUGGAAGGUGAUCCUGUGGGUGCUGUCCUCUCUGCUGGCCCUGGUGGACGGCGUCAAGCCUGGAGGUCAGAGGUCAGAGCACAGUAAUGCCGUGAGGCUGGCGGCAGGCCACUGGCCCUCCGACGUCCCAGAUAUCGAGGAGCUGGGUGAUGCGUCUGACAUGCGCUCCUUCUGGGGCGGCCUGAUUGAGGGUCCGUCUCUGCCGAAUGAAGAGGAGGACCAGCAGAUCCGGUGGGAGCGCUCUCCCUCCGACGCCACGCCGUCGCGGGGCUCGCGGAAGAACCGGAGGAGGUCCAAGAGCAGCCGGGACUGCCGGCUGGAGAAGAAGCAGAUGCGGGUGCGGGACCUGGGGCUGGGCUUCGACUCGGACGAGAUCGUCCUCUUCAAGUACUGCGCGGGCACCUGCCACAGCGCCCGCAGGAACUACGACCUGGCCCUCAGGGCCAUGCUGGAGAACGGGAGCCUCCCCAAGCACGCCGCCAAGAAGCUGAGCACCCAGCCCUGCUGCCGGCCCACCCGCUACGAGACGGUGUCCUUCAUGGACGCCCAGACCACCUGGCGGACGAUCAAGUGGCUCUCGGCUGCCAACUGCAGCUGCGUGGGCUGAGCCGGGGCGCGGGGGGAGGGGACUGGAGAUAACCCGGCGAAAUAAACGACAGGAGGUGAGCUAAGGCAGAGAGGGAGCUGCCUUUCGAAAAAAAGUCCGGCUGGAGGAGAAAGGAGGGGAGCGAGGGAGGCUUCAGGGGUUGGGGGGCUGGAGGUUCCCACUGGCAGCUCGUGGCAGAGGGCAGGUUUGGUGCCCGGUACGUGGGCAAAGCUAACGGGCGAGGCAGUUCUGCGUGACGUGUUCCCCUGUCUUAAUGUGGGGAGGGGGGGGGGGGGGUCUGAGAGCCUUGAGGCCUGCAGCCCAUCCCACGGCGUGACGGAAAGGACCGGAAAGCGGAGCAGCGUGCCGGCGGGCUGAACAAAAGCCAAGGGUUUGGACAGGAAGGUGGCAUUACCCAUAAUUCCACAGGAGAUGUCAAAGAGCAAUGUAAACAAGAGGCCUGGCAAACAAAAAUACGAGUAAAAAAAAAAAACAGCGUGCGGUCUUAAUUCCACGAUGACGUAUGGGCUUAUGUGUGUUUUUCUUUUCUGGAAACGGAAAACUGAACACUGUGGAGGAGGUCAGUGUCUGCUACUGUCAUCUGAGUGGAUGUCAUGAGAUUUGGGCCACACUAAAGACAACACACCUACAGGAUAAACUAUAAAAACCUUUUGGAGGUUUUUUAAUUCGGAUUGACAAGAAGAUUCAAAUGGAGACGGGGGUAUGGAAAAAGCUUUUUUGUCAUGGAUGUAUUCACAUGUGUUCAUGACACAGGUGGAAAAAAUCUUCAGCUUAUGCUAUACUUCCUGUUUCUUUGUGAAUUUUGCUGUUGUUUUUAAUUCAACGUGAUGUAACGUCACCCUGACAUUAGUCCAGUGAACAGCAUGUUCAGGCUUCAGUCCCUACAUCCCAUUCUGUAACAGCUAAUCAAUAGUUUAGCUGUCAAAAAUUUAGAGCAUAGGGAUUUCAUCACAUUUGUGACUUUGUAGAAGAUUGGAGCAGCUUUCACUUUAACUGUAGGUUUGAGCUGAUGAGCUGGUCAGUCUUGUUGGAAUUUCUGCAUUUUGUGGCUUAAUAUGGUUUAGUGUUGGAGAACUCGCACACUUUACAGUAACUAUAAGGUUAGAAGUUUAUAAGUUUCUCACAAGUGUCUUGAUAUACUUGUGAUUAUGCCAACUGCCACCUGCUAACUAAUGCUAACUUACCCCCCCCCCCCCAGGUCUUUUUGGUCUAAAUGUGUUGCUUAUUUUAAACAAAAAGCAAAACAAAAACAGUAGACCCAUGACUCUCCUGAACCAUGGCUGGCCAGCCCUGCUUUAGUGCUUACCUAAUUUGACACUAAGGGUUAUGUACCUGAGCAUUACAGAAAGUCUGGUAAAAACUAAUGGGUAGAAAAUGCAAUUACAGUACCUUUAGUCCAUAUCGAGCUCUGCAUAUUCACUGAUGCGAGACAGAUAGGCCUCAGAUUGCAGGUCACUGAAAUGGAGAUGUCACAUUUGAUGCAAACCGCAGAUUUAGCUACUAGUCUAAAUAAAGGAUCAAUGAGAGCCUGAUUACACUAUGUUUAAUCAUUGCAUUUUUUGGUUUAUAGCUUCAAAAUUAAAGUGGCCUAUUUAAAAACAAGGUAACAGAAAUGUACAUAAUUAGUCAAUAUAUAAAAAAAAACGUACAUUCUUCCAAUGUAUAUAUUUUGGCUGUAAAAUUGCGAAUAUUUGCGUUCUCAACAACCUCCAAGUUUGAAGGCAUUCCUAUUUCCGUGGUUCUCUUGUGUUUUCAGAAUUAUUGAGCAUUAAGGCAAGUGAAAGAGAUACAGAACAGAGUGGGGUUAGGUGAGGUUAGAUGAAGUGUGAAAUCAUGGUUGUCCGUAAGUAAGUCUGAAGUUUCAAUGCAUGAUCAAAACCAAUGAAGUACCAUCGACGUUAGCCCAUUUGGCCAAAUGACUCAUAUGAGCCUUUUCACAAUCCCAAUUCUGAGUCAUUGAACUACUUUAUGCAUUCACUUGAUUGGGAAACUAUAUUUACCAGAAUAUGUCUGAUGCAUAUCUAUUAAGUUUAAAACAUUCUAAAAGCAUGAGUAAUGACCUUACUAUUGUAAAUCAUUUACCUGCAUAAAGGAGUGUACAGCUAUUUUCCAGUAUAUGCAUUAAAUGAGUAAAAUAUAAAUUUUAAGUUAUUGGGACAUUGGUACGAUUGUAUUCAGUCUGUUUCAGUUAGAAAAAAAUCCUGUUGGAUUUAAUUUAACUUGUCUUUUGCGCAAGUCAGAUGUUGACUACAGUGGAAGUGUCAGAAAGAACAUAUUCUGGGUUUAAAGACCUCCUUCUUUGUCUUCUGUAAAUAUUUUUUACUGCUAUAAACCACAAAUAAAAGCAUGACAGAGGUUUAUUUGGUUGUUGGGGGAAGGGGGUGUAUUUGAAUGUUUGAUGUUUCGAUUUAUUGUACAUGGACUGUAAACCAUAAAGGCAGCCACUUUCUGCAGUGAAGUACCAGAGGACAAUCGGCCAUUUGAAAGCCAGCACUCAGAUACCACUUUGAACACAAAGGCAAAUAGAUUGCACAGUUUACAUAGCACAUGCACAUACUGCAGUGUUACAGUAGUCCUGUUCUGCAGUUUCAGUAUGUGUUCAGCUGCUGUCAAUAGUGAUAAAGAAGUGACAGGUAGCAUACUGCAUUCUUUGACUAUUGACUAUUUGACAGUAAUGGGUUAGUGUGACACUUUGUUUUGCUGAGGAGAAUUCAAAUUAUGCGGCUGUUCCAUUUCUGUGGCGCCCCCUGCUGUUCAUUCUAUAUAUGUUUCGUAUGAAAUAGCUAACAGACAAUUCAUACAUCAAGAGUGGCUAUCAUGUUUAUUUCACUGUAUGAGUCUGUGGAGAUGUAUGGAGCCUUUCCUUGCCUAACCUCUAGCUUCAAAGACAUCCUUCCAUUUGGGCUGAUAAAUAAUGUGGGCAUCUGUUAUAAAGACAAGGACGAAUGUGCAGGACUGUUUAGGUAAUGGUGCUGUGGUUUUCCAGUGUGGUCCAGAAUGUCUUGUGUUUCAGAUAGAUGUGAAAGCAUUUGAAGGCAGCAUGUAGCUGGGGGACCCUGUAAACCAGGGCUGCCCAAUCCUGGUCCUGGAGAUCUAUUGUCCUGUAACUGUUCAUUGCAACUCUAAUUUGACACAUUUUAUUCUACUAAUUAGCAGCUCAAUGCAAUCUCUGGCUGUUGAAUGGGGUGAUUUGUUAGAGUUGUAGUGAAAGCCUACAGGAUGGUAGAUCUCCAGGAACAGGAUUAGCCAUCUCUGCUGUAAGCACACGCACAAUAGCACCAAAUUGCUAAAAUGAUACGGUCAGUAGCACUGAACUGCUGGAACGAUGCGGUCAGUAAAACUCCCAGGUGGCACAAAAUGUUCCCACAAUGUUACUGGAAUGUUUUGUCAGUGUUAUAACAUUGCCCCUACAUUGCAGCAACAUUGUGAGAACGUUUUAUGUUAUCUGAGAUGAAGAAAGAUUUUUUUUUUCCCUUUCCAACCAAAAUGUCAUCUUAGCUUUCUGUGCACAAUUGCAUAUCGUUCUUAGUUUCUCAGGAUUUUCACUGUACUGUAAUGCUUUAUUUCAUAUGUCUUGCUGCUAGAGUCAGGAUAACUGCAUGUUCUUUUACUUCUGUGAAAGAAAAUGACCACAAACUGAAUUUUCCACCGAUUCCUUUAUGUUGUUGUGGAGCGGUGCUAUGAUACAGUGAUUAAAACGGUAAAUAACUGAAGACAUGAAUUACUCAAAUCUAUCAAUGUUAUCAAGGACUGCAAUAAAAUGACCCCUUAACUUGACACUUUGCACUAAUUUUGGUGGAGUAAAAUUCGCUUCAGUGUGCUAGUAGAAUCAGCCAUUGUAGACUUAGUUGUUACUGUACAUGCAGGCACAUUUGUUACACUGCAUUUCAAAUGCAAGAAGUUUACCAAAUCACAAAGGGAAAGGUAAUCCCAGUCCGUUGAAAAAUAAUAGAUUUAUCUGUUGCUUUCACAAACUCUAAUGUGCAAAUGAUAAAGAAUACCCUGACUCUCUCAGCCUAUGACUGAAUGUGAUCUCUCUGUGUGAUGUUUUUCUCUGCUGUGAUAUAAAAUACACAGUUUGUCUUCAUUUGCCCUGGAAAAGAGCAUGUUGGAGUGAGAGCCGACCAGUUCUCUGUUUAUCCGAAGGAAUAGUUCCACAGUUGUGGAAUCUAUCUCAAAGCCUUGGUCUUAUUAUGUUUUAACCUCCUGUAAGCCCCCUGUGGCAGCAAACUGAUGGCAUCUUGGAUGGAAACUGCAAACUGUCGUCUCCCAGCAUGCACGUUACAGUUCCACAGAUCUGCUAUUGACGCAGGUUCAAUUUGCAACAGUGCAUUGUGGGGGUGUUAGCUGGGUUGCAGUUUAACUGUGUUCUGUAUCGCCGGUGAGAGGGGUGCCUUUUUUUUUGUUGCUUCUUUUCAUAUUUCAAACACGAACUGAACACUGAUGGAUGCUAUGCAUCUCCUUGCAUUAAUGUACAGAACUACAUGCAAAGUAUUUAUUACAUUUAAGUUAUUUAUUUAUUAUCAUUUUGUAGGAUUUUUUUUUUUUGUGGAUAACUUUUUUUAAUUUAUUGCAGUUUGGCCAUGUAUCUUUAGGUUCACUCAUCUGUUGAUUAUUUUUGUUGUAUUGUGUAUUUUGCUUAGGAAAUGAGCAACAGAACAGCUCUUUUGAAAUUUACCAGCUGGUUGUCAUCAGAAGGCCCAGGGAACUGAUUGUCUGUUCUUGGUUGUCGAGUCCGAAAUCUUGAUCUCAAGCCUUGCUGUUCCAUAAGAUUGAGGUUCCACAAGAAACACCAAACUCUGGUUUCAAAUAAAACUAUGAAUGACAAAUAUUUUUGUAUGUCAGUAUUUCAAAACAAUUGUAAAAUGAAAACAGUUAUUAAAUGAUAUUAUUAUUAUUAUUAUUGUUAUUAUUAUUAUUAUUAUUAUUAUUAUUAUUAUUGUUGUUGUUGUUUUUUCUGUUCUUGUUGUUCUUGUUGUAAUGACAGUUUUAAAUGUAUCCUCUAUUUUUGUACAACGCCAUUUUCCUUUACAGGAAUAAAGUUUUCAAAUAGUG